AUCAUAACAACGUAAAACACACAUUUAAUCAUAGCAACUAAAACAUGAGUUCACUACUUGUGCAGUCCAACAAUGCUUGUUUUACCUGUCUAAACAAUAAACCAAAAAACUCUUACACUAAACUAAUACAAUGGCAGCACAAUACCUCGUAACUGAAACAUAGCAAUAGGACUAGAAUUCCGCAUAAGAUCGUGAAAUUCUGAAUCCUUGCGCUGAGUCCAAACAACAAAACCAGAAAAAUAUGCAGAACCCUCAUUCCUCCUCCAAUUCUAAUGCAAACAUCAAUCCCUCAAUUCCCACCCCUAACCAGGAUCCCGCAAUUCAGCCUCAACCCCGACGCCCUCGCGGAUUUGCUGCCACCGCCGCUGCUGCGGCUGCAGAGGCCUCACCUAAUGCACCUGCCUCCGCCAAAGGGAAAAGAGAGAGGGAGAAGGAGAAGGAAAGGACGAAGCUCAGAGAGCGACACCGCCGUGCCAUUACUAGCCGUAUGCUGGCCGGUCUCAGACAAUAUGGUAAUUUCCCUCUCCCUGCGCGUGCGGACAUGAACGAUGUGCUCGCUGCCUUGGCUCGCGAGGCUGGAUGGACGGUCGACCCUGAUGGCACCACCUAUAGGCACUCUCCUCCUCCCCAACAGAUGGCAGCAUUUACUGUAAGGUCAGUUGAAAGCCCACUUUCGGGUAGUUCGUUGAAGAAUUGCUCUGUCAAAUCAGCAUUAGACGGUCAGCCCUCAAUUGUUAGAAUUGAUGAAAGUUUGUCACCAGCAUCUCUUGAUUCUGUGGUCAUUGCUGAGAGGGAUACAAGGAGCGAAAAAUAUGCAAGUGCUAGCCCCAUCACUUCUGUUGAAUGCUUGGAAGCAGAUCAGCUUAUACAAGAUGUUCAGUCUGGAGAUCAUGUGAAUGAUUUUACUGGCACUCAAUAUGUUCCAGUCUAUGUAAAGCUAGCAACUGGUGUCAUUAACAACUUCUGCCAAUUGGCUGAUCCUGAUGGUGUUAGACAGGAGCUAAGUCAUAUGAAGUCCUUAAAUGUGGAUGGAGUCAUUGUAGAUUGUUGGUGGGGAAUUGUUGAAGCAUGGAACCCACAAAAGUAUGUAUGGUCCGGCUACAGAGAUCUAUUUAACAUUAUCAGAGAGUUCAAGCUGAAGUUGCAGGUUGUAAUGGCAUUUCAUGAGUAUGGAGGAACUGAUUCUGGUGAUGCACUGAUCUCUCUACCACAAUGGGUUUUGGAGAUUGGCAAAGAAAACCAGGAUAUAUUCUUCACAGAUCGUGAAGGAAGGAGGAAUACUGAAUGUCUAUCUUGGGGUAUUGACAAAGAACGAGUUCUAAAUGGAAGAACUGGAAUCGAGGUUUAUUUCGAUUUAAUGAGAAGCUUCCGUACAGAGUUUGAUCACUUGUUUGCAGAAGGCCUUAUUUCUGCUGUGGAGAUUGGGCUUGGACCAUUUGGAGAACUGAAGUAUCCCUCUUUCUCGGAGAGGAUGGGAUGGAGGUAUCCUGGCAUUGGUGAGUUUCAGUGUUAUGACAAAUAUUUGCAACAAAGUUUACGGAAAGCUGCUAAAUUGCGUGGCCAUUCAUUCUGGGCUAGGGGACCUGAUAAUGCUGGUCAUUAUAAUUCUCGGCCACAGGAAACUGGCUUCUUUUGUGAACGAGGUGAUUAUGAUAGCUACUAUGGCCGCUUUUUCCUCAGUUGGUAUGCCCAAUCGUUGAUAGACCAUGCUGAUAAUGUUUUGUCUCUCGCAAGUCUUGCUUUUGAGGACACCAAGAUUAUCAUCAAGGUUCCUGCUGUCUUUUGGUGGUAUAAGACUGCCAGUCAUGCGGCAGAGUUAACGUCUGGAUAUUAUAACCCAACAAACCAGGAUGGUUAUUCUCCGGUUUUUGAGGCUCUGAAGAAACAUUCAGUGACAAUGAAAUUCAUGUGCUCCGGUUUGCAGGUUUCAAGUUAUGACAGUGAUGAAGGAUUUGCAGAUCCAGAAGGUUUAAAUUGGCAGGUUCUCAAUUCAGCCUGGGAUCGGGGGUUGAGUGUUGCUGGUGAGAAUCUACUUUCAUGUUAUGACAGAGAAGGGUAUAUGAGAAUAGUUGAGAUGGCCAAGCCAAGAAACGACCCUGAUCACCGCUAUUUCACAUUCUUUGUGUAUCAACAGCCAUCUCCUUUGGCUCAGGGGACAAUUUGUUUCCCUGAUUUGGAUUACUUCAUUAAAUGCAUGCAUGGGGAUAUUGCGGUCUAGUAUCCAGAUAAGAAGGCAUUCGUUGCAUUUAAUGAGAAGGGUACAGUUAACUUCAAGUGCCAGUUUCAACUGCAGACUAGAUGCUAGCCAAAUCUCCUUAUUGACUAAAUUUAUGUAAUGUCAAGCCAUUUAAAUAUCUGCCUGCAUAAGUUGGGUACAGCUUAAAAAUUGUAAUGUUGUUAUUUAUAGUGAUACUCUAGUAGCUAGAUACAUUGUCAGUAGUAAUCAGAGGUAGAAUAUCAGGCCUGAAGCAGGACCAUGUGAACAGAGUAGGAGAUAACAAAAGAGCAAUUAUUUGUCAUUUAGCAAUUGUCGAUUGUUCUUCAUCCCUGGAGAGGGAGAUGUUUGAGGUUCAAAUCUCCAUUCCUUACUCCUUAGUCCCAGUUGCUGGAUAGGCAAGUUCGUCAAAGUUGUUAUUGCAUAUGCAUUGUGCUUGUAGUUCACAAGCUUUAAGUUCACAUUCCCAUGUUCAGAAUAUCCGUCUAUGCCUUGGAGUAGUCUCUAUAUAUUGGUAUAAUGGCUGACUUGAGCUCCCGUCACAAUUUUCUAAUAUUUGUGAUGGCGGUUAUUAAAAUUGCAUGAGUAUG